GACGCUGGAAGCCAGCACGCAACGGCUUCCGCGCGCAGACGUUGCGGAGCGUGUGAGACUCGGCGAGCUACUCGCUUUCUCUUCGCGCCGACAUGUCGGUCGCGCCCCCAGGUGUCGUACGGGAGAAUGAAACCGAAGGGAAGCGUUGUGAUUCGCUGAAAUUCAAAUUUAUCCGACCAAUCAGACGCCACUUGAAUGCAAGCGCUUGCGAUCCAGGAGCCGGCAACGAUCGCGACGGGCUGCGAGGCUGUCGAUCGACUGCUUGAGGGCGGGUUCCCGACCGGGCUCGUGACCGAGAUUUGCGGCGUCGCUGGCAGCGGCAAGACGCAGCUCUGCCUGCAGCUUCUUCUGCGCGCCCAGCUGCCCCGCGAAUCCGGCGGCCUCGAAGCCAGCAGCUGCUACAUGUACUCGGACGGACUCUCGCCUCUCAAACGGCUCGACCAGCUCGCGAGCGCCUCUGAUCAGCCUGUGUCGCUGGACCACAUCUUUCUUGAGGCUGCAACAGACGCCCCGCAGCUCCUCCACGCACUGAAGACGCGGCUGCCACCACUUUUGGACCAGCGCAAUGUACGUCUCGUCGUCAUUGACGCGAUCACUGCCGUCUUCCGCGGCGUCUCGGUCGAGUCGGCGUCCGAGGCUGGUGACCGCACGCGCGUCAUGUUCGAGAUGGUCAACUGCAUGCGCAUCCUUGCCGCGCAGUUCAACGUCGCGUUUGUCGUCAUCAAUCAGAUGACGGCCAACAUGAAGGCCGACGACCGCGACGCUGCCGUGCCCGCGCUUGGACUCGCAUGGUCAUCCUGCGUCAACCAACGGUUCCAAAUUGCCAAGACGCGCCACGCCAAUAUACGCUCGCUCAAGGUGCUCUUCUCGCCCUACUUGGCCCACGACAUGCUGGCCACGUUUGAGAUCACGCCCGAGAAGCUCCUCUGAACGCGAUUGUGUUUAUAUGUGGCACAUGCCAUCUCUGAAGUCAUCUAAUUUCGGCAAAUGGACCUUCCGAAUGCCACAUUGCAGUGCGCACUUAACAGGGACGCCGUCGAC